GCUUACCUGCAGCAAGCCCAGGACCUGGUCAUUCUAGAGAGCAUCAUCCUACAGACCCUGGGCUUUGAGAUCACCAUUGACCAUCCCCACACCCAUGUGGUGAAGUGCACCCAGCUUGUCCGAGCCAGCAAGGACUUGGCACAAACUUCCUAUUUCAUGGCUACAAACAGCCCCUCCCCAAAUAACCCCUCCCCCUUUUUACUACUGAGUCCAGAGCCCGAGCCCGAACCCUGCGGGGCUUUUCUAAGGGCUUUUUGAUCUCCACUGCCUCACGAAGAACUUAUUUUAUUAUAAUAUAACUUUUAUUAUUGAUAUUUAGUUGUUAAAAGCUGUGAAAGGAUAAGGAACCCUUUCUCUAUUUCCCCCCUUUUUUCCCCCAUAGGCUCCCAGUUAGUGUUGGGCUUUGACCCCCCCAUCUGGGGAACAUGGGGGAUAUUUAAAAUAUGUCACAGAAAAUUUAAGAUGUUUUACAAAUAAUUUAAGCAUUAACUUAUAUCUCAGUGGUUUGGUUCCUUUUAAUUUCGAGGGGCUGUGGCAGAGCCUGGGGGGGACUUUUGGGGGAGGUUCCAUUUGAGGCAUUGGUGUUGAGUUUUUGGGGUGAUGGAGGGAUGGGAGCUGGGUUGUGUUUCCUUGCCCCUGCACCUGUUCUGCUUUGAGAUUCUGUCUCCAUCCCUUGCUCCCUUCCUGCAGAUCCCUGGAUUUCCUCUGGAAAAAUCCAGGAGUCCCACUGGGAUCUGGGAUGAGAAAGUGCCAGGCUGGUCCUGUAGGCACCAUGCCCGGGGCAGCCCUUCAGGGAGUCAAUUGGCACAUGGCUGUGCCCAGCUGAGCUGGAGCAGCUCCUCCUGAAACCUCAGCCCAGGGCCAGGGGACCUGCCGGGGUUUGGGUUGAGUAUUUGAGGAAAAAAGCCCUAUUUCCUUUCUUUUUUAGACUUGACUUUUCUGACCUUCAAUAAAUGGGUGGUCUCUGGA